AUUGGAGCGGGAGAGCUUGAAAUUUAUGGCCAGAGAGAUCAUCAUAGUGCGACGGUUGGAUCACCCCAAUGUAGUGAAAUUGGAGGGUUUAGUGACCUCCAGGAUGUCUUGUAGUUUGUAUCUGGUGUUCGAAUACAUGGAGCAUGACUUGGCUGGUCUUGCUGCCAGCCCUGGAAUCAAGUUUACAGAACCUCAGGUAAAAUGUUUUAUGCAUCAGUUGCUCUCAGGACUUGAGCACUGUCACAAUAGGGGUGUGCUGCACCGUGACAUUAAGGGAUCAAAUCUUCUAAUUGAUAAUGGUGGGAUGCUUAAGAUUGCAGACUUUGGGUUGGCGACCAUCUUUGAUCCCAACAACAAGCAUCCUAUGACUAGCCAGGUGGUCACACUUUGGUAUAGGCCCCCUGAGCUUCUGUUGGGUGCAAAUGAUUAUGGUGUGGGUGUAGACCUCUGGAGUGCAGGCUGCAUUCUUGCAGAAUUGCUGGCUGGGAAGCCUAUAAUGCCAGGGCGAACUGAGGUUCAGUGUGUGUUAACUGGGGAGACCCUGGACCUUAGCUGACUUCCUUUAUUACUCAAGUAAUAUUGUUACACUGACAAUCUGGUUCACCAAAGGAUUAUAUUCACAUUACAUCGUUGAUCUUGCUCAUGUAUUAUUUUCUUCUUGAAAAAUAUUCCUCUAAAUUGUCAACCUCUAAAAUUAUGCCCUGAGGGUGAUCAAUCUGCCUAAUUAAAUUCCUGGUUUCAUAUUCACAUGCACAUGCACAUCAGAAGUAUUACUUAGAACUCACAGAUAUGAGAUGGUGCUGGAUCUUGGCAAUGAAACUUCAUAUUAGAUACAAUUUAUAAUUCAAGAAUCAUCCUGCA